UACGAAUCAGUUUGUUACAAACAAGGGACAUACGAUUUAGCUCUAACUAAGUUUCUUCAUUUUAUUUAGUCCAACACACAGUUUACCUGUGUGUUACGGUUUCUGCUAUGAUUGUUUUCAACACUGAGAAGGUGAAGGCAGAGGCUGGAAUGCUGAAACCGAUCCUGUGAGCAGAGGGAGGAGCAAAAGGUUGUUUAUAACCCAGCAUGUUUAACUUCCUUCCGAAUCAUUGUGUGCUCGACCGAGGAACCAGCCAUGGGACUGCUGCUACCGAUCAUCCUAAGCUGUCUCGCAGCUCUCAUAGCAGGACUGUACGUUCUCGGGGUGUUUCGUCAGCGACGACCAGGAGAGCCCCCUUUGGAUAAAGGCCUUGUUCCCUGGCUUGGUCAUGUCUUCGAGUUUCGCAGGAACACCUUCAAGUUUCUGCAAAGGAUGAAGCAAAAACAUGGAGACGUGUUCACCGUCCAGCUUAGUGGGUUUUACUUCACAUUCCUGCAGGAUCCGAUGUCAUUUGGGGCAUUUGUUAAAGAGACUCGGGAGAAGCUGGACUUCAGAAACUUUGCCAGAGCACUACUGCGCAGAGUGUUUGGUUAUGUAGCUGUGGGUAAUGAAUACCUGACACUUCAUGAUUCCAGCAAUAAGCACCUGAAAGGAGAUGGCCUGGUUGUUUUGACACAAGCCAUGAUGAGCAAUUUGCAGAACCUUAUGCUGCACAACAUCAACUCAGACGCAGAACAAAAGACCUGGAUAGAAGACGGGCUGUUUAUGUACUGCUACAAUAUUGUUUUCAGAGCUGGCUACUUGUCUCUCUAUGGAAAUGUGCCCAGCAAGUCAGUGGAAAGUGAGGAAAAAGCCAAAGAGAAAGACAGAGCUGAAUCAGAAGCCUUAUUUUAUGAGUUUCGGAAAUAUGACCAACUCUUCCCCAAACUGGCUUAUGGGAUCCUGUCUCCAAAGCAAAAAGUUGAAGCAAACAGGCUUUUGACACACUUCAGGAAAACCCUGUCCAUGCAGAACAUAAAGGCCAAGGACAACAUCAGUCGCUGGGUGGGGGACAUGCAGCAAGGUAGAGAGGAUCUGGGUAUGGAGGAGUCAAUGAUAAACAGGUAUAUGUUUGUGCUACUCUGGGCCUCUCAGGGCAACACAGGCCCCUCUUCAUUUUGGCUGCUCCUCUUCCUCAUGAAGCACCCAGAAGCAAUGAAAGCUGUAAAGGAAGAGGUAGAUAGGCUUGUGAAGGAAAGUGGACAAGAAGUGAAGCCUGGUGGCCCUUUGAUCGACCUCACUCGUGAAAUGCUGACAAAGACUCCAGUCCUGGACAGUGCAGUGGAGGAGACUUUGCGCCUCACUGCUGCACCUCUUCUAACGAGGGCAGUGCUCAAGGACAUGACCCUGAAGAUGGCCGACGGCCGCGAAUACCUGAUUCGUGAGGGUGACAGACUGGCAAUGUUCCCUUAUUUAGAUGUUCAUGUUGACCCUGAGAUCCAUCCUGAGCCACAUUCAUUUAAGUACGACCGCUUCCUAAACCCAAACGGAACCAGGAAAACAGAUUUUUACAAAGCAGGGAAGAAGGUGAAGUACUACACCAUGCCCUGGGGUGCAGGGGUGUCCAUGUGCCCCGGACGUUUCUUUGCCACCAAUGAGCUGAAACAGUUUGCUUUCCUCAUGCUGGUCUACUUUAACUUUGAGCUGAAGAAUCCUGAUGAGAAGAUCCCUGAAAUUGACUUCAGUCGAUACGGUUUUGGAACAAUGCAGCCACAACAUGAUGUUGAGUUUCGAUACAGACUAAGAUAUUAAACUACUCAUUCAUUCUGGGGGUAAUCAAAAUCUGUAAUCAUUUGUUGUGUUUACAAGAAAUUCUGUCAUUCCAUUGUACAUUUUUUUUUAAACUUCAGUGUUAUAAUGUGAUAAGCUUGAAAUAGUUGUUGCUCACAAAUUUAAGGUUGUCUUGUUCUGCAACAUGUGAUUUACCACACACCCCUUUGAACAGUUUUCUUCCCUGAAGGUUCUGAUGAUGGAGGCGAUGCUGAAGCCAAUCAAACAGGGCUGUACUCGUUGCCCAGCCUCUUUCAUAGUCACCAUGAAAAACUACAGUACAACUACAGUGCCUCGAAUUUCAUCGGAGACUGCUUGUCUUAGUGUCCUUGCUUGUUCUUCUCCUCCUCCUCCUGCUCCUCCUCCUUCGACCUAAGCUCCAGUGACUGAGUGAAGAACUUUGAAUACCAGUGUUUUCUAAAUGACACACACGGAAAAAAUUCACCAGAUUUGACUCAUAUCAAAGCAGGGAAUAAUGUGUGCAGUUCCGAAAAAUGGGUGGGCUGCUUUGAAAAUGGGGUGUUGUUGUUUUUUUUUAAAGGCCUGGUUGUAAGUGUUUUAACAAUUGAGAAACAAUAAUUUCAGUUCUUAUUGAUUCCUUGUUUUGAUUGCAGAAUGUUAAAGAAAUAAAUUUAAAAAUGUAAAAUAAAGUACCUGAUCUUCGGUGUGA